AUGAGCUUGAUCAAAUUGUUUGGGAAUAUAAAAUUAAGGAACAUCCAAAGAUAUUGCACAGCACUGCAAGUAGUUAAACCAUCAGAGAUAUCCAGUAAAAAUACAGAUCUUCUGGAACAAACUAAUAGCGAUGACAUCCGAUAUUUGGCAACGAAAUUUCCAAGAGUAAUAACUUCGCAUUUAAUGACAGUUCGAGAAUUGACGUUUAGUGUUAAGGAAGAAAUGGGAUUUGACAAAGAGGGAACUAAAGCAUUACUUUUAGCGGUUCCAAAGGUUUUCAUGAUGAAUAAAGACAGUCUUAAUGAACGGUUUAAUUAUGUUCAUAACUUGAUGAAAUUUUCACACGACAAGAUCCUUCAAAAUCCACAAAUUCUCAACACAAGACUCAGUCGAAUUGAAAGCCGCCAUAAAUUCCUGAAAUUACUACAUCGUGAUCAAUUUGAUGAAAAGUUACCUCGUUAUGUAUCACUAGAAAACAUAUAUAGCGGUACCGAUGAUGAGUUUGUUACACAAGUGUGCGAAUCAACAAUUGAGACAUAUGAUAAUUUCCUUAAAACACUUUAG